AUGAGUCGACCACCCGGCAUGUUGGAUGAAUCCAAUCCGUAUCCCUACAUGACCCGCAAUGAGAUCGAGGCUCUCAUCGCCGGCGGGCGCAAGAUCGUCCUAUUUCGAGAAUUCGUUCUCAAAGUCGACCCAUGGCUUCCGUACCAUCCAGGUGGUGACAAGGCCAUACUGCACAUGGUAGGGAGGGAUGCCACGGCCGAGAUUGAAGCUCUGCACUCCGAGGAAGCGACGAAGCAGAUGCUGCGAUAUCGAAUCGGCAGGGUGCCAAGGCCGUGGAAGAACUUUACCCCUCCGCUCCAGGGUGGCCUCUUCCGGACCAGGGCCGAGUUGGAGAACAUCGACGGCGCCGAGGACGAUGACGAGGAAGACGACGACGACGACGACGACGACGACGACGACGACGACGGCAACCAUGUUGACAAUGCGAGGGCGUGGACGGAAUCGAGCUCCCCCACAUCCAAAUCUCCCUCGCCGACAUUCGACUGCAAUGGCAAGACACUCCGACAGCGUCGCAACAACGGCAGCGUCGCCAUGUCGUCCAGCCCUUCCUCCGUCUGUUCGGAGCCGACGACUACCGACGCUGCCAUCGACGGCAUGUCGUACCUCGACGCCGUGACGCGCGAGAAUAUUAGCCUAGACCUUGAGAGGUACCCAAACCCCGACCUGGAGACGCAAGCACGCAUACUCGCCAAAUAUCAGCACCUUCACCAGCGGCUGUGGGACGAGGGCUUGUAUCGAUGCGACCCGAUGGCGUAUGCGUCCGAUUGCUGCCGGUACCUUGGCUCCUUUCUGCUGAUGCUGCUCUGCCUGCGCUUGGGCCAGUAUGCUCUCGCCGGUCUCUGCCUGGGCUUCAUGUGGCACCAGCUGGUCUUUGCCGCCCACGACGCAGGCCACAUGGGCAUCACGCACGGCUACCAGAUGGACAGCAUCAUCGCCAUCAUCAUCGCAGACUUCAUCGGUGGCCUCUCCAUGGGAUGGUGGAAGCGCAAUCACAACGUCCACCACAUCGUGACCAAUGCCCCCGAGCAUGACCCCGACAUCGAGCACAUGCCACUCUUUGCCGUAUCGCAUCGCCUGCUGGGCAAUCUCCGAUCCACAUAUUACGACCGCCUGAUGGAGUUCGACGCCGUGGCCAAGGUUCUGCUGAGGAUCCAGUCCUGGACUUACUAUCCAUUUCUGGCAUUCGGCCGCUUCAACCUCUACUUCCUAUCCUGGGACCAUCUCCUCGCCAACAGAGGGCCCAAGAAGGGACCGGGAGCUUGGCAUCGAUGGCUCGAGCUUCUGGGCCAGCUCUUCUUUUGGUCGUGGUUCGGCUACGGCAUCGUGUACAAGACGAUCCCGGACGGAUGGUCUCGCUUCGUCUUCGUCAUGGUCAGCCACAUCGCCUCGUCGCCGCUGCAUGUGCAGAUCGUCCUCUCGCACUUUGCCAUGAGCACGUCUGACCUUGGCCCGCAAGAGUCCUUUCCACAAAAAAUGCUCCGGACAACGAUGGAUGUCGAUUGCCCCCCGUGGCUUGACUUCAUCCACGGCGGAUUGCAGUUUCAAGCCAUUCAUCACCUGUUUCCACGAAUACCGCGCCACAAUCUUAGGAAGGCUCAGGGCAUGGUGCAGGAGUUUUGCAACGACACGGGCAUACCUUACGCCCUGUACGGAUUUGCGGAUGGCAACAAGCAGGUGCUGGGGCGCCUCUCAGAGGUAUCGAGGCAAGCAGCCAUUCUAGCCAAGUGCCAGAGAGCCAUUGUCACCAAGGGCAGUGCUUCUCGGCACGCUUCCGAGUGA